AUGCCGCCCUCACAGUUGAAGCAACUGAAGGCUUCACUCCGGGAAAGUGGGGUCGUUGGACCUCAGCAGUCCAAGAAGCAGAAACGCCAAAAUGCGAAGUCUGGUGUUGGUGCGCAGAAUCGCAAUCAGCGCAAUGCCGCUUUGCAAGCAAUUCGAGAUCGGUUCAACCCUUUUGAGAUCCGGCCAACUGCAACUACAAGCAAAUUUGAGGCAACAACUCGCGAUGUGAAAUCUACAAAGGCUACUGGACGCCGUCCGGGUGUCACUAAAUCAUUGGGAGAGGAGAGGCGCCGCGCAACUCUUCUGCAAGAAAUGAACAGCCGUAACAAAGUCGGCGGUCUUGUCGAUCGCCGAUUUGGUGAAAACGAUCCAACCAUGACCCCCGAGGAACGAGCCGCCGAACGAUUCGCGAGAGAAAGCCAGAAGAAGAUGCGCAAGGAAUCAAUGUUCAACCUGGAGGAGGAUGAAGAGGAAUUCCAACUGACACACAUGGGUCAAUCGUUGACUUUGGAUGGUACGACCGUGGACGACUUUGAUGGCGGCGAUUUGGACGGUGCCGAGUCUGACGAAGAGACGUCGCGCAAACGGAAACGCUUUGGCGAGGACGACGAAGAUGCGGAAGACUUUAUCGAUUUCGGAGAGGAUGGCGAGGACAAACCUGAACGCAAGAAGUCCAAGGCCGAAGUUAUGAAGGAAGUCAUUGCCAAGUCCAAAUUUCACAAGGCCGAGCGACAAAAGGCCAAAGAGGAUGAUGAUGAUCUUCGAGAAGAAUUGGACCAAGAGCUGCCUGACCUCUUCGAGGCCUUGCGUGGCAUGAAGGCCCCUGCUAAACCGGAGCCGCCCAAGCAAGAUCUCGAUACCAUGAACCCGGAGCGCGCAGCCAUGCUCCGAGAGCCGGAAGGCAAGGAUACCGAGAAGGAAUACGACCAACGUCUUAAACAAUUGACGUUCGAUACGCGGUCAAAGCCUACGGAUCGCACAAAGACCGAGGAGGAGAAGGUGGAAGAGGAGGCCAAACGGUUGAAGAAGUUGGAGGAGGACCGAUUGCGCAGAAUGCGCGGAGAGGAGCUCAGCGACGAGGAGGAAGUGGAAAGCGACAAAGACUCUUUCUUCCAGGGUGAUGAGGACGAGGAGUCUGAAGUUGACGAUGCGGCUGCUUUUGGACUUCACACGACUUCAUACGAGCCCCGACCCGAACUCGCUGUUGAGGAUGAAGAUGACUUCAUCAUUGACGACGAUCUAGUUGAGACGCGGUCAAAUGCCAGUCUGUCUUUGGACGGAAGUGACAUUGAAGAAGAGGAGAUCUCGGACGAGGAAUCAGAGGAGGAAGACGAGCUUAUCAACGGAAUGACGUUACCGACGGCAAACGGUGCUGCUGUAUCAACAGCAGUGCAAGUCAACCAGACCGCGGAUGGUCAACUUGCGUUUACCUACCCCUGCCCGGGUAAUCACGCAGAGUUCCUCGAGGUUACCAAGGAUGUGCCUACGCAAGAUCUGCCGACUGUCAUCCAGCGCAUUCGUGCCUUGCACCACCCCCGUCUUCAUGCCGACAACAAGACUAAGCUGGGUAGAUUCGCUGAAAUUCUUGUUGAGCAUGUUUCCUACAUGGCCAAUGAGACCGAUGAGCCUUCUUUCGCUAUUAUCGAGAAUAUUCUGCGGCACGUCCACUCACUGGCCAAGACUCACCCUAUCAACGUUGCCAUGGCUUUCCGUGCUCGACUUCGCGAGAUAUCCGAGGACCGCCCACUCAACCUCCUCCCCGGCGAUCUCGUUAUCCUGACUGGCGUUUCUACGGUCUUCCCAACAUCUGAUCACUUCCAUGCCGUUACGACUCCCGCGCAUCUGUGCCUUGCUCGAUUCUUGGGCCAGUGCUCACUCAAUAGUACUUCCGACUUUGUGACUGGUGCCUUUGCCACAAGCUUGUGUCUUCAAUAUCAGGCUAUCGCCAAGCGGUACAUGCCUGAGUUCAUCAACUAUACCCUCAAUGCUCUUUGCAACUUGGCUCCCAUUGAGCUGACGGCUAAGAAACUGUCUUUCCCCAUCAGGAAGUCCCAGCAAUCAGUUAAGCUCGCGCCAGCCAAGAAGGUCACACCGCGCAAGUUGCAGUUCCGGGAUGUUAAAGCCACCCCUUCCGACUCCCAAGCCGAAGAGGAUCUCAAGAUCUCCCUUGUGACCACGUUUGUCUCCCUCCUUGACACUGCGUCUGAUCUGUGGGCCGAGAAGUCCGCCUUCAUUGAGAUCUUCACCCCCGUCCGUACUGUUCUGAACCACCUCCGUCAAUCCUUCAAGAGCAAGGUGUUCUCAGCCGCCCGAGACCCUCUCCAGUCAACUCUGGACAAAGUUGAUGCUCAUCUCGCGCGUGCCCAACUUGCCCGCCGCCCACUCUUCCUUCACAACCACCGUCCUCUGGCUAUCAAGUCUGCCAUUCCCAAGUUCGAAGAGAACUUCAACCCAGACAAGCACUACGAUCCCGAUCGCGAGCGUGCCGAGGCCAACCGCCUCAAGGCCGAGUACAAGCGCGAGAAGAAGGGUGCUAUGCGCGAGCUGCGCAAGGAUGCCAGCUUCGUUGCCCGCGAGAAGCUGCGCGAGAAGAAGGAGCGCGAUGCCGAGUACGAGAAGAAGUACAAGAGACUUAUUGCGGAGAUUCAGAGCGAGGAAGGUCGUGCGGCCAACGAGUACGAACGAGAGAAGAGGGGACGCCAAGGCAAGCGGUAA